AUGGACUUUAGACUGAGGUGGCGAACACCGCCUUUGGCGGUAUCUGUUUUCUUUCGUUCAUCCUCUUAUCGACAGCGUGUGACGUAUGGGCACACACGAACCCCGGUUGUGUACUUUGGCUCUAUGAGCGUCCCGCCUCUUCCGCGACAUCCCGCCGAUCUUCCAGAUGCCGCCGAUGGCUUUCAAGAAAAUCCUUUGCCAAGGAAGGCCGCCUCGAGGGAAGGUGGCUUAUCACCGCGCUUCGUAGGCUUUCGAGAAUCUAACGAAGGACGACAGCGAUACUGGAGGUGGCGGGCAUCCCCCUCGUCGACGUGGGAACAACACGCGCCGAUCCAAGCCAACCCUACGAGCCACGAAGAUUGGCGAGAGGCCGCGCUCCAGCUCGGCUCACACGCGCCAGGUCUCCUGUGGGGGCUGCUUCGCAGUGUGGGAUCCCCACCAGCCUCGGGUACCUCCUCAUCUGUGAAACAGGCCGAGUCCUCCCCCUCUUCCUCGUCGGCGUCACGAGUUCCGUUGUAUGAACACAUUGGUCAGCUCCUCCACCAAUUCAAGGUGAACGGUGCGGCUCGUGGAGGGGGGGGGCUGGUUUGGGGCUCGUGGACGGGAUCCUCCGCACGGCCGGCAAGCCCAGCAGCCUCGGAGUAUCGAAGUCGGCGUCAACCCCCUGCGGGACCUUUCGUUUCCGAGCCUCAAACGUGGCAAUUUCUGCGGGCGAUGCGAUUCCUCCAGUUCGCGGGCGGGAAUUCCCCAGAAGAAUUGGGGGAGGAGUUGUGGUGGUGCGUGGGCGAGCUCGUCCGGAGCCCGGAGGCCUCACGGGAGCAGGUGGGGUUGGCGAUGUCGUGGCUUCUCCCCCCUCCCGGCGCGGCGCGGCGAGAGAAGGGGAAGAGGCUGGCGUUGGAGUUGGAGCGCGCGGUGGGAUCUAUUCUUCAGAGCUCGGCGGCGGUGCCGGCGAACGUCGUGGCCAUGGUACGAGCCCUACAAGAGCCACACCAGGAAACCACACCUUCCUGUGGUGGGAGCGCAACCACCGCGUCGAUCGCCACGCGGUGGCAUCCUUUGGUUACCCCUUCCCUCGCUAAGAUGUGCCUGCAACGGCUCCUUAAGAUCCUUCACGAGGAGAAACACUCGUCCGAUGGCGGUGGCGGCGGCCCCCACCGCAACGGGAAAGGGGCAGGGCUAACGGCAGUCACGCUGGGGGAGAUCUUUCGAUGUGUGAUGUGUCGCUUUCCGGCUCCUCUCGAGGGCUCAUCGGACCCCACCGUGGACGGUAUGGAGGUUUCCAGAACGGAGUUGGCGCUGCUUGCCAUGUCAUGCCUUAAAUACGGUGCUCCUUACGCCCAGUUGUGUGCGUUGUACGCCUAUUUUGAGUCCGAAGAUCGGAAUCAACCGGUCCUGACACCACAAGUGAUCACGAAGUUUUUAGCGAACUGCGAAGCACUUUUACCCCCCCCGCUGCUGCUUUCCAUGCCUCUCCCUCGAUCGCAUCAAAGAGAGGCCGCCACUGCGUACGUGGGGCCCCAUGAGGUUCAGUGCCACCUUAAGUAUAUUUUCGCCGAUAACGGCGCGACCGUCUCGAGCGCGAUGGAGGCCCUUGUGAAGCGCCAGGAUGAAUCCGCGGUGGUGGAAAUGGGUCUUGCUCAUGGAUCCUCCGUGCUGUGCGCUCUCGAGGGGGAUCGCGAGGUCCGUCACCUCCAGGAGCGAUUCCCCCCCUCACGGGAAACCGCGUACUCCGUGUACGCCCGCGUGCAGGCCGGGAAGGUAUCCGAGGCGAUCGAGGCCUUGACGUCGCUUGGGGAAAGCCGCCCGGAGGGAUGGGUUCACCUCCCUACGGCCGUCGCCCAGGCCAUUUCUUCCGUGGCGAGGCUCGUCGGGGAAAAGGGAUCGGCGUCCGAUAUGGGCUCCUUAUACCACGCGAUCGUGAACUUCCACAACGCCGGGAUGGUGGUCGGCCGAUUCAUCGAAGACGUCCUCGCCGGCCUGUGCGAUCGGAUCCGCGCGACGUAUCGGAACGCCACGAGCCCGGCGGGCGCGGUGGAGGGUCUUUCCUCGGAGCCCCCCCCGCGGGUGGUGGUGGGGUUGGUGCUCCCUAUGCUUCGCGCCGCCGUCGACUUCAUCGGCGACGACGCGAACAGCGAUACGAUCCUGCAACUUCUCGAGCAGGCCGUGGAGGCGCGGGGCAUGGCGGUGCCGCUCUGCACGGCGCUCAUAGCCUCCCUCAAGGUGGCGCCCAGUCUGGCGAUCCAGGAGCUCUUCCACCGCGUCGACGAGAGUACCCAUGGGGUGCCUUUUCCGCACUACUACACGUUAUGCUACGCGCGGGAUCGUGGGGAUGUCGUGACGGUGGAGCACCUCUGCGCGGUCUGGAAUAUCGAAAGCGCCCCGCUGCUUCAACGUCAGCCACACCUCGGCCUGGCGUACAACCUCUGGCGGUGCGCCGCGUGUGGACGGUCGAAUAGCGAUCGGUAUAACUACUGCGUCUGUUCGGCACUUCGAAAUGGGUUUGUGGUGUGCGCGCGGUGUGGUUAUGGGCAGGACGAGCGAUGGGCCUCCUGUCGGAGCUGUGGGGUGGGCAUGGCGAAGGAAACCAUCGCGGCGGUGGUCCCGCGUAAGGCGUGGGGUUGCCCGCACUGUCGGGCUCACAACCCGGCGCGGCAGGUCCUGGCGUGCUUCCGCUGUGGGAAGCGCUGUGGACCGCUGCUCCAACCCCUCCGGACAGCUCCCUCUGGUGGGGGGAACGGCACCGGGGGGUCCUCGACGGAGCGGAUGGACGCCCAGGCUUGUCGGGAGCGCUUUUGCCGCUGUGUGAACUCCGUCGCGGAGACGCGCUACGCCCAUCGGGUCGGGCAUUGCCCUCGUUGCGGGGUUAUUAAGAUGCCGCAUGCCGCUCAAGACGGCGUGGUGUGGCGCUGCACCGGCUGCAAGCAGAUGUGGAGUUCCCUUCAGCGAUCCUGCCCGCGUUGCCCGCAGGUGGAUUGCCUUCCCGCCGCCGUGCAGGCGAAUCCGAUCGUCGAGGCGUGUGAGGAGCCUCGCGUGGAGACGGGCGGCGUCGCUGCCCUCGCUAUGGUGGAAGCAUCCACCUCAGAGGUGGCGCCCCCACCGCCCGCACAGGAAAUCAGCGACGAUUCGAAAGAAAUUGAGAUCGAAGCCACCCCUAACGCGCUGCCAAGCGGCCCUGAUGCCCCUUCAAACCCCCUUGACGUUAGCGACGAGGUCCUGGAGGCCCCGUGCGACGAGGACCCUCCAAGCGCGGAGGGUGCGUCGUCGUGGAGGCUUUGCGGUUUUUGUGAUUUCCACCUGCCAGGGAACUGCCGUAGUGCGGCGUGCCCUCGUUGUGGCGGCUACGUCGCACUUCCGGCCGCACAGCAAGAGGAAGGCGCCGCAUACGUGCUGCAAACCUUUACCGCGCUGCGAAAGAUGUUAGUAACGAAAAAAGCAGACCCGGUCUUAGGAAAAGACGGGAUCCAAGGUAGCGUUCCCGCGGCGAAUUUGACACUGGCGAUGGGCGCGACGAUCAAACUGAAGCGGGUCGUUCCGACGCUAGAAGCCUUGCUCGAUGACUGGUGCGGAUCCUGCGAGCGUGCGCUUCCCGAAGGUGCCGCCCUCCACGCGGUGCACGCCGAGGUAGAGGCGGAUCUCCGCGCGUUGCUUCAGUUUUUAGAACCACUGCACGCGCAUGCCGCCCUCGCCCGCCGGGCGGCGGCGCUCCUCAAGCGGUACCAGGCCUUUCUCAAUCAGCGAUGCGGGUUGCUCGGGGCGACCUGCUUCCAUCCAGAGGAGGUCUGUCAUGAGUGCCUCGGGGGGCACCCUCCGGAGCUUUGUUUCUAUCGCCGUGAACAGUGGGUUUGUGAGGUCUGUGGGGAGACCGGCGUGAACAAAGGCGUUGGUCGUUACCUCUGCACGCAAUGCCUUACCUUGCGUCCUUGCGUCCAGGGGCUAUUCCCUGCGGAAUGUUGGGAAUGCUUGCAUUGCCGACGCGCUAACAUCAUGUUUGAGUCGUACUGCAUUCACUGCGAUCAUGCACGGCCCUCCUGGGUAACCUCCCGCCUCCCGACCUCGUCCCCGCGCGAUGAUGGUGAAACGGUGGGGGAUGAAAGAGGCAACCAAUCCGCCAUGGAUGACGCCACGAAAGAAUCGAAAGCGACUGUAGGAUCUCAGCCCAUACCCUUCUGCCCAAUCAAAUGCAAGCAGUGUAAUGUGGUAUACAUCGAUCUUCGGUGCCCGCAUUGUAGCAGCCAUCUCUCCGACGCCGCAGCGCAGAGCACCGUUCGGGAAUUCAAGCAACAGGAGCGGCAUUAUCACCAGCCGGAAGUUGUGGUAGCGCCUCGGCCGCAGGAUUGUCUGGGCGCACAUGAGAAUCCAACGCAGCAAAUCUUCCUCUGCAAAGGUUGUUCAACACAUGAUGUAGCUGAUCACGGUAACGUAGAGCCGACGUGUGUGCCUUGA